AUGUAUGUAUGUAUGUAUGUAUGUAUGUAUGUAUGUAUGUAUGUAUGUGUAUAUAUAUGUAUUAUCCUGUUUGCGGAUAUAUGCGGCUUUACAAAUUUGGCAUCGGAAUGCAAUGCCGAAGAGCUAGUGCAACUGCUCAACAAUCUCUUCGCACGCUUCGAUCAUUUGGCGUACAGCAACCACUGCAUGAGGAUCAAAAUCCUUGGCGAUUGCUAUUAUUGCGUAUCCGGUCUGCCGGAAUACAGGCCAAAUCAUGCACAGUGUGCCGUCGAAAUGGGGCUAGAAAUGAUCGAAGCAAUCAAGUAA